AUGAAUGCAAUUCUUCCUUUCAAGUUAAUAUUGGGCUCGGCUUCAUUUUCACGAAGGAAAAUAUUAGAAGAGAUGGGAUAUGAAUUCAAAAUCGCUACAGCAGAUAUUGAUGAAAAGAGCAUUCGCGAAGAAAAACCAGAAGAUUUGGUAAUGACUCUUGCUGAGGCUAAGGCUGAUGCUAUUAUAGCAAAUUUACAAAAUACCACUGUGAAUAAUCAACCAGAGACGGAUGAGGAACCCACUAUUUUGGUUGCCGCCGAUACUGUGCAUUGGGUUGAGGCUGGUGCCAUAUGCUUGAGGAUACAGAGAAAUUGUAAACUUUUAGAUACUGCACUUGGUUUUGCAGUAAAUGGGAGAUGA